CUCGUGAAGACGAAACGACAGACCGCCAUGUUACGCAGGGAAAACCUCUGCAUUAGCUGGGUGCAGAUGAAGCUGCCGCUGGGGUGGCGCUACGAGAGACCAAUUUCCUCUUGCGUUACUCCCCUCCUAAGAUGUCGCAGCUGUGCUCGUGUCGCGUUGUCCCGCACGUCACCUGCUCCACGCUGCUGUGUGUUGAGUGCCGAGGGGAGGCGGCACAUUUUUGGUGUAACCGCGAUCUCUACAACUCGCUCCGCGCAUUCAAAAGCGAGCAAGGGUGUCGGAACGGACGCUCGCUUAGCCGAUCGAAGGAACCAUUGGAUUGGCAUGAAUGAGUAAAUGAGAACACAACGUUGAUCACAUUCGUUACUUUGGUUAAACGACGAGCCCGGCGUGUCAGCAAGUCAGUCGGAUCCAUUCAUUCAUUUAAACUGCCCGUCCGCGGACGCGUGGACGAUGUCAAUAUCGGGGAGCGCUUACACAGGAGACCACCACCAUCAGACCGCCAGUCCAUUCGGUAAGCGUCCAUAUUUGGCCGUGCCAGGCAAUGCCGAGGACUUGCUGGAGGAGGAGGACGAGGUGACCGGGACUCGGGGGACUUCUGAAGGCCCGGAGCACGACCGCCUCACGGUCCCGUCUCCUCCAUCACCGACCCCAACCACGACCCCCGAGGCUCCGCCUGCCACCGGCUUGUCUUCUCGCCGCUGGCUGGUGCUGUUCGUCUUCAGCACGUACUCGCUGGCCAACGCCUUCCAGUGGAUCGAGUACAGCAUCGUGAGCAACAUCUUCGCGCGCUACUACGACGUGAGCCUGAUGGCUGUGGACUGGCUGUCGAUGGUCUACAUGUUGCUGUACGUGCCGCUCAUCUUCCCCGUGACGUGGAUGCUGGACCUCAAGGGCCUUCGCCUCAUCGCCGUGGUCGGCUCGGCCCUCAACUGCGUCGGGGCCUGGUUGAAGCUGGCCAGCGUGAGGCCAGACCACGCGGGAUUCGGGAUCACCAUGCUGGCGCAGGCCGUGUGCUCCGUGGGCCAGGUCUUCAUCCUGGGCAUGCCUUCACGCAUCGCGUCCGUGUGGUUCGGCCCCAGGGAGGUCUCCACCGCCUGUGCCGUAGCCGUCUUUGGCAACCAGCUUGGGGUGGCCAUUGGUUUCCUGGUUCCACCCCAGGUGAUUCCAAACGUGGAGGUGGCCUCACUUGGCUACUACAUCAACAUUCUCUUCUAUGGCACAGCUGGGGUUUCCACACUACUUUUCCUGCUCGUUUUGCUCGUGUUCAAGGAGGGCCCUUCCUUGCCCCCAAGUCGGGCUCAGGCUUCACUCCUCCUCGUGCCACCCACCGAGUACUCUUACAGGCGCUCCAUCGUCCACCUCGCUCGGAGCAGGCCCUUCUGCCUUCUCGUCGUCACCUACGGCAUAAACACAGGAUCCUUCUACUCCGUGUCUACCCUCCUCAAUCAGAUGGUGAUUCGUCACUACCCGGGGAAUGAGGUGGCUGCUGGCUGGAUCGGUCUUACCAUCGUGCUGGCGGGGAUGCUGGGUUCCAUCAUCUGUGGCAUUUGGUUGGACCGCACCAAGACCUUUAAGCAGACAACGCUUACUGUCUACAUCUUGUCUUUCGUCUUCAUGGUGGUGUUCACAUUCACACUGGACCUGGGCUACAUGUGGUUGGUCUUUCUGACCGCUGGCCUGCUCGGGUUUUUCAUGACGGGCUACCUGCCUCUUGGUUUCGAGUUUGCCGCUGAGAUCACGUAUCCCGAGUCCGAGGGCACCUCCUCCGGGCUUCUCAACGCGUCUGCACAGAUCUUUGGCCUAAUCUUCACGCUGGUGCAAGGAAAGCUGACGACCUUGUACAGUCCGCUUGCAGGGAAUAUCUUUCUGUGUGCCUUCCUGCUUCUGGGGUCCAUCCUCACUGCACUUAUCAAGUCAGAUCUACGGAGGCAAAGUGCGAAUCUGGGUUUUGUGAAGGCGGAGACGAUAACUGGGACUCCGGAUGAAAAGCAUUCCAACGGGCUCUCGCCAAACACCUACUUGCCCGUCUCCUGCAACGAAGGUUCCUCUAUCUGAGCGCAGACCAGAGGAAGACCGGCGUGUGAACGUUUGGUGGCAAGCCUGCAUUUUUAUUCAGCGAUAAAGUUGUGCUUGUGGGUUGAUAUAUGUGAAAGCAUCAUGUGGUUUUACAAUUCAAUGGAAAGCUUUAAUAUCAAGUAUUAUGAGAGAAAAGAACACCCCAAGGUGCUUUUGAGAUUCACUCAAUACGGUUGGAGAUGUUUGAUUUUAAAGCAAUCAGUUGAGCUGAAUGAGCACAAUUAUUGGAUAGAAGUUUUUUUUUUUUAAUUUGUGACUUGCAGGUUUGUAGGUCGCACGUUCGGGCACCAUGCAUUCCCCUUUAGGUUUGUGCAAAGCCAUUCCUGGGUCACACUUGACCUGGCAAAAAAAGCCUCCAAUUGUAGUCCUCAGACAUUCACACGAGAGCACAAGGAACCCCCCCCCCCCAGCUGUUCCUAGGUUUGUGCCUCCUGCUUAGUAGUGCAAAUGACAUAAUUCCAUAUCUUGCGCUCAGUUAAGUAAAUCCACUGUGAAAAAAAAAUUAUAUCCCUUCUACGUGACUUUACUGUAAGAACCAAGAAUAUAAAUCCACUGUAUUAUUUUUUUUAAGUACGGAAGCAUUUUUUAAAAAUUCCUUUAAACUUUUGAGUUGUAUUAGUUGAAGGAAUAACAAAAACGUUAAUUCUACUGUACACUUACCACUUAGGCUUGUUCAUAUUGUUUAAAGCUGCAGAUUUUUUUGUUCAUUUUUAGCAUACAUUCCUCAAUUCAUAAAUGUGCACUUUUUAUCCUGGAUAGUUGCUUGACACAGUGAGUAGGGGGAUUGUUGCUUGACACAGUGAGUAGGAGGUAAUUAGUUGCUUGACACAGUGAGUAGGGGGGGAUUGUUGCUUGACACAGUGAGU